GCGGGUGAAUCACCUCGAGCACCGCCGAUUGUUGUGAAGGUCAAGGCCGCCAGUGUCAAGAUGGCUUGGCUGGCGGGGAGGCGAAGACUGCAGCAGCCGCAGCAGGCAGAUGACGUCAGCGAGGAGGCGCCCACCACCGCUGCCGCCGUUGCUGCCGAUCGCCCUCGUCGCCGAGGCCUUCCACCUGUCCGCAUCUACGAGCAGCUGACGCCCUACAACAAAAGACUCUUGUUCCUGACUCGCACUGCCGCUGCUCAAAAAGGUUUCCGUUUUGUGUGGGUGCGGGACGGAAAAAUUUUCGCCCGGCACAGUGAACAGCUUGGUGCGCUUGUCCGAAUCCGCUGCGAGGACGACAUUCGCACCAGGAUGGGUGUGAACGUCGCAACAACCCACAUCUAAACGCUCAGUGAAUAACUCCUUCAGCCCUUUUACAAGUUGGUUAGAGACUCCUGGGUUCUCAUGAUCACGACGGAAGUGUGCGUCCAGAAAAAGGAUAUUGAUAGAAUGCACAAAAUGCUUUUAGAAGCUCAGGACGACUCUCCGGAGACGUACAUCAAGGGUCUUGGUUGUGUGACAUUUGGAACAGAUGUACUCGCGAAGAGUAACAUGACUGGCCGUGGAAAACCCCUGCUGCUCAACCAGAGGGCUGCCUAUGCAGUCAUCGGCUCCGCUGUAUACUACAGUCGCUGGAAGGGGGAGCCCCUGUCCUUUACACAAGGCGAGAACUUUCUUCUUGAGCUUUGUCAAUCUGCUAAGGCUUUUACAAAGAACAGAUUAACCCCUGAUGACGUCCCUGAUGUGCUACAUCGAAUGUUUGAGUCAUGGCACUUCAAAGGCUACCAGUUUGUGACUGACGUUUGAUGAGGUGCUCUUUUUGACUGUAAGUGCAUCUAGACAACCCCUUUCAAGAUAACUUGGACAAAAUGUUUGGCUGGCUCUGCUCGGCAGACUUAAGCACCUCUAAUUUUAUGAAUGUAACUAAAAUAAAAUUUUACUUGAAUAUUGUGAUCAAAAUUUUUACUAAACUGUAAUGUGUAUAAAGCAUUUAAUGAAACACCAAGUGGAAUAAAAUAAAUUUAAAUUGUCAAAAACAUAGUGGCAGAUCAUAUGUGCCUAAAGUUUUCAAAUAAAUGAAU